UCAUGGGUGACUUCACAAUGGCCAGCGUGGUGCCCUGCCCACCGCCACAGUCCCAGUCCACCAUGCUAACCACCCUGUGGCUGCUGCUCAGCUUUGCUGUCCCCUUGCCAGGGUUCUAUGUCUCCUUCAGCUGUCCCAACGAGAAACAAUGCCAAAGAGCCCUCCUCUCGGACAAUGACGUCUUCUUGCCCUGCAACUCUUCUGGGUCACAGUGGUACUUCUUCCUGCAAGACGGGACCAGCUGGUCCCACACACUCUCCAGUGCUUCCAACAUAGAAAUCAUACCUGACAGCGGCGUUCUCAUUCGGAGUCCGUUGCCCUCCCAGACGGGUUUCUACCACUGCCAGGACAAGGACGGCCUCCAAGUGGUACAGUAUGAGAUUGACUUCCAGGAUGUCAGCACCCUGCACAUAACACACAAGGGACUGGGUCAGAAGCCCCUGCGGAACGAGAGCCUGAGUCUGGGUGGCAAAGGGAUCGUCUUCACCCGCUGGGAGCCCUGGCAGGACUGUAACCGCUGUGGGGGGCUGGGCGAGCGGAAACGCCUGGGGUACUGCUACAUCGAGGAGCCCCUGCAGGAACCCAUGCCCUGCUGGCUGUAUCUGGGAGGUAGGAAGGUGUGGUCCAGCCGCAUGCGGCCCGAGAUGCAGGUGGACGCCUGCCACGUCCCGUGCACGGCACUGACGUCGGAUUACGUCCCCUUUGACAACUUUGAGAUCACUGAAGAGUCGGGAUCCGUGUGGCUCACCUGCCCCCUGGGAUCUGUCUACAGGCCCAUCCUCUGGGAAGCCGACAACAUCCCCCUGACCUGGCAGAGCCAGCUCUCCAGCCAGGACUUGGACACCAUUCUGGAACCUUCCAACGGCGGCAAGCAACUGCGGGUCUUCCAGCCGGCCAUUUACAAGUGCUUCGUGCAGCAGGAGCUCAUGGCCCGGUUCAACCCCGUGCCCUUUCUAGGCACGGCGGAGACUCUCAGGGAAGAGGAAGGCGGGCCACACCGGGGGAAAGGGAAGACCCAGGAGGGGAAGGCCAGCUCCAUCCUCAAGGGGCUCAAGUUGCUGCUGCUGCUGGGCAUGGUCCUGGGCCUGCUGGGGGUGCUGCUCAAGAUCUUCCACCCUUCCCAGGGCAAAAGCAGUGACCAGGUGCUGCUGGUGAAAUGAAGCAAGCCCUCUGUGCCCAGGA